AUGAAGAAAGCGAAAAAACGUGUCAAGUUUGAACUUCCGAAAACAAACGCUACUCUCGUCACAAGUAAUGCUGCUGUGGUUAUUCAGAAGCCGUGCAAUGAUUUACAUUCUAUCUUAUUGUCAAAUACUGGUAGCAAAGUCUCCUGUACACAUCGUGAAAUCCCUGGAAUCUUUUCUAUUCCAUUAUAUCGAGCAAAAACUUUCUCACGUAACAUUAAAAUAAUAGAUACACCCACAAUACGUUUAGCAAAACAGCACUAUUCUCAUCUUUCAGCAUCUAAUGCUGAAACUAAGAGAUCCGCGGUAAUAUCACAUCAGUUUACUCAAAUGCAUACACCGAUUGUUGUAAAAUCUCAAAGUCUUACCCCAAAAAUUUCAUUUGCAAAAAGUGCAAAAUUUUUUACGGCUUCACGCAGUGCACUCGCUUAUCCAUCAUCAUCAGUUGUCCGCCAACAAUGUAGAAAUUCUGAUUCAGCUAAAAAUAUGACGCCGAUCGAUAAAACUCGGAAAUUUUGCAUAAAUCAUAGGGACAAAAUUCAAAAUUUGCAUAUUACUACUCCUAAACAAUCACUAACAGCAGAUACAGGUUAUGGAGUUUGCCAACGCUUUUCAUCUACUUAUAACAAUGAACUGAAAAUGUCACGAUCAUGUUUUCCUCGACCCGAAGAUUCUGCCCUUAAUUCUACUUCUACAAGAUGUAAUUCAGCGUUAUCAAAUAUGAUUGCAUCAAAUGAAAAACACUCAACUGUAUCGGUAAGUCUAAAAUUUUAA